AUGAAUGUCGGUUUGUAGGUUAUGUCUAUUUUUGUGUUUAUUUGACGUCUUCAUCCCAGUGGAUGAAAUAAAUAAAAAAUAUUGAUACUCAACCUGACGAUAAAUGGAUGCAGGGGUUGUGUUUUGUAGCACUAUAAAAAAGGAAGAGUCUCUUGACAUAACAGAUUAUGAGGAGAAAUUAGAAAUUGUUGAUGUAUUGGAGCAAUUCAUAGAUGAUGAAAGAGUUCACAACAGAAAAGAGUUCAUUAACAAGACCGAAAAUGAUAACCGGGAAAUAGAAAAAGUGCAUCAAAAUAACCAAUCUCCUGCUGACCAGUUCGAAUCAGUCCCAUCGUGUGAUGAAGUAGAGGAGAACCAUGUUGAACCUGUUUCUUCAGAUGGGAAACAUAAAUGCCCUUUUUGCGAUUACGAAGCGAAUCAGAGAAGAAGCCUCAGGGAGCAUUUCAAAUUCAAACAUUUGAAUAUCAGACCGCACAAGUGUGACUUGUGUGACUAUACAACAAAUAAGAGGUGGAACCUAGAGGCACAUGUGAAUUCCGUUCAUUUGAACAUCAAGAAACACAAAUGUCACUUGUGUGACUAUGCUGCGAAUUGGAAGGGAAGUCUCGAUCUUCAUGUGAAUUUUGUCCAUUUGAAUAUCACACCAUACAAAUGCGACUCCUGCGAUUAUGCGACAUACAACAAGAGUAACCUGAAUAAACACGUCCAGUCCGUCCAUUUGAAUAUUAAGGAGCACAAAUGUAAUCUAUGCAAUUUCGCUGCCAGCCAAAAAUCCGGUCUACAGAGUCACAUAGAUUCCGUGCAUUUGGCUAAUAGGAAACCGAAAAAUCUCAAGUGCCAUCUGUGCGAUUACGCAACUCUUCAGAAGCAGAGGCUCGAGGAACAUGUGAAUUCCAUCCAUUUGAAUAUCAGGAAACACAAGUGCCACUUGUGUAAUUAUGCGGCGGGCCAGAAACAAAACCUUAAAAAACACAUAGACGCGAUACAUAUCAAAGGAAAAAAACACAGAUGCGACCUAUGUGAUUUCUCCUCGAAUCGCAGGAAAAACGUUGAGAAACACGUGAAAUCUGUUCACUUGAACGACAAGCAACACAAGUGGCACUUGUGCGAUUACGCGGCUAAACAUAAAGUUAAUCUCAAAUUUCACAUAGAAGCUGUCCAUUUGAAAAAAGGGAAACACAAAUGUGAGACGUGUGGGUACGUUGCUAACCGCAAGAAGAGACUUGAAGAGCACGUGGACUCUAUUCAUUUGAAUAUAAAGAAAUACAAGUGCGACUUCUGUAAUUAUUCUUCCAGUUAUUGGAGAAUUCUUGAAAGACAUGUAAGAUGUGUCCACUCAACUAACAGUGAUACACAAAUGUUACCUACGUGAUCAUAUCAUGUUUAGUCUUAAAACUUAAAGCAUAUGUCUUUAUCGUGGAAUGGUCACUGACUGAAUCAACAUUGAUCCAUAAAAAAUAGUAUUUACGUUAUAAAUCUCAAAUUUUUUUAGUACAGCCUGGUCAUGAAGGCAUGUUAUUGAAUAAAUAUUCAUCAUGGAG